ACGUCUGCGAGUGAACGAGCAUGCCUGGCGAGUUUUGGGUAGCCAGAAAAUCCUAUUGAAAUUUCGAUCAAAGCGCGCGAGACAUGACGCGAUCGAAACUUCCCAGUUUUCUCCUCGCCACGUGGCUGCUCGGCACGAUCGCUACUAAGUCGCGAAUGAGCGACUUUCUGCAAAGCUUGCAGGAGUACGAGAUCGUUUACCCUCGAGUGAUCCCGAAUGAGAGCGCGCGGAACAGAAGAUCGACCCACGAAGACCGAGAAACUUGGCGCGAGUAUCUCCACCAAGAGCCGGUGUUCCUCGAGAUCAGCAACUGGACCUUAAGGACCAUGGCCAACGAUCGAUUGAUACUGUCGUCGAAUUUCACCGUGAAUUGGGUGCGCCAGGGUAAAACCAAGUCCGAGCGACGUAACGCCAAGGCGAACUGCGAUCUUCGACAAGGCAGCUUGGAAGGAGACGCGAGUUCCUUCGUCGUCGUGACGAUAUGCGAAGAAGAAGUGUACGCCUUGAUGUUGAUCGGGCAGAGAUCGUUCUUCGUUCAGCCGCUGACGAAUGGCCAGCAUGUGAUGUUUCAGCCGAAAAACGAAAAGUGGUGGUCGAUCAGGAAUAAUUCGAGCUUCGUGUCUGUGAAUCCGGAAAAUCCUGCAGUUGAAGAAAGUAAGAGAAAGUCGAAACGAAGCAAACGCGAUUCCUUAAGCCACGAUGUUCAGGGAUUUUAUAAUCUUUCCGGUGACGUCUUCGACGUGGAAUACCCAGAAGCUGAGAAAUUGAUUCUGUACGAUGAAAAAGACGAUGUCUCCACAGAAUACAACGAUACAAUAGUGGAAGAAUUAUCGAUCGACGUAAAUACUGAAAUUGGAUACUUCUCUGGUCCUAAAUGGCAAAGGAACAGAUUAUCAAAGAAAAGACCAACUGCUAAGGAUUCGCCGCCACGAUGGUUAGAGCUUGGAAUAGCUGCUGAUUACUCCGUGGUAGAUUUUCAUGGAAUUCGAGUACAGCAAUAUACCUUGGCUCCUUUAAACAUCGUCAGUGCAAUUUACAUGGACCCGUCGCUCGAAUCCAACAUGAUUCUAGUGAUCGUACGAAUGAUUUUAUACGCGGAAAAACGAGACGUUAUGGUCCGCCGUGGCGAUGCCAGACGAUCUCUCGAGAACGUGAACAAAUGGAACAGAAAGAUGCUGUCCUCGAAGGACGUAAAUCACGAUGUUGCUGUAUGGUUGACGCCAUUAGAUAUACGAGGUCCUUCCGGUUACGCACCUGUGUCAGGAGUAUGCUAUCCCGCGAGAUCGUGCGCGUUAAAUCGAGACGAAGGCUUGACCAGCGCCUUUAUCAUCGCUCACGAAGUAGCACACAUGUGAGUGUCCUACAUGUUGGGAUAUCGUUGGCAAACUGAAAUAUUUAUAACUGGCCUGGGUAUUUACGCAGAGACCGUGUGCUAUUUAUUUAUGCAAAUACGUACUUUUACGAGAAUAAUUUGAAAAAUGAAAUCUCCAUAGGAGAACUUAUUAUCUUUACCGAAUAUCACAACGAGUACUGUACUUUGAAUCUGCCAUAGAUUUUUGCGUAUUA